AUGUGUUUUUUUCUUCGUAUUUUUUGUGCCGAUUUUUUUCUCGUUGAUCAAAGCGUUGAUACUGACGAUCGUGACGACAGAUACGAGGACGGCGAAGUCAGAAGGUACGGUGCAGGUGAAUCUUAUCGACCUUACAACCGUGACCGAUCACCUCCCCCACGACCACGCAGUCCCAUGAGGGAUCGCGGUCGCACCCCGCCGGGAGGUCCCGACAGCUAUGUCCCCGGCAGACCGUCUCCUCGACGCAGGUCACGCAGUGUUGAUCGCUUCCGCGACAGAUCAAGAGAUCGUGGUGCCCCUCAGCGUUGGCGUCGUAGCAGAAGUCGAGGAAGAACCGACUUGCAUCGUGGUUCUCCAAGAAGAAGCCCAAUGAGAAGAUCGCCGCCUCCUCGGUUCAUGUCUCCUCGGCGAGACGACCGCCGUGAUGACCGGCGAGAUGACCGGCGCGACAUUGACAGAAGAGACGAUCGCCGAGAUGACAGGCGAUUUGACGACAGAAGAGAUGAUCGCAGAGACGACAGAAGAGAUGAUCGAGAUGAGCGCCCUCGUUCUCCUCUCCCGCGUCGCGACUUGGACAUCAGACGCAGGUCCCGCUCGCCUUUUGACAGAGACAGAAUUCGCCGGGACCGUUCUCCCCCUCUGAGACGUUCUCCUCCAGCCGGUCCCCGCGGCGGAGGUUCUUAUCGUCCUCGCUCUCGUUCUCCGGAACGUCGAGACCCUCGCGAUGACAGAUAUCCUCCUGCUGCCUCGACCUUCCGUCGCCAGUCACCGCCGCCCCGGGAUUCCGUCAACACUUCGGUAAUCAACUCUCACAGCGGCUCUGGUAGAUCCUCUCCGCGGCCUCCUUCUCGUCGUGGCCGGGACGAUCGGUCUCGACCUCAGUCUCCCGCGCCCAGGUCUCCGCCUCGUCCGCCCUCCAUGAGAGCGCCAACUCCCGUACAAACUUCGGCUCCUCCCCCGCCCAGAGAGACCCCCAGACAGGCCCCCCCGCAGCCUUCGCCACAGCAGCCUGUCCAGUUGACUAUGCAGCCAGCCCCAAGGCCAGCGAUUACAGAGAUCAAUUCUACUCCCAUGCGCUCUCCUCCCCGGGCCCCGGCAGCGCUUAGAGCCCCUCCCACCGGCCCGGCCGCCUCCCGCAACUUCACCUCCCCCGUGGCACCCAUCCCGCAACACUCGACCCCUCAAAUCCCCCCGAGCGGCCCAGCCCGGGAUACUACUAGUCCUAGCAUCCCGCCCUCCGGACCCCGCGGCUACAUUGCUCCCUCCCCCAGAGGCAACUUCACCCCUCGCAACAGCAUCGGUGGAGGAGGCCGCGGCAUCAACCCUUCCUCCUGGGGCCCGCCCAACUCUGUCUCUAGGAACAACAACCACCCCUCCCAUCUUCCACCUCGACAAACCUCCUCCCCUACCAUCCCCACCCCGACCGGUCCCUCCUCCAUCCCGACAGGUCCCCGCUCAGCAGGGGGUAGCAUCUCGGGCCCCUCCCACAAUGGCCCCCCCUCCACCGGCGUAGCCUCCCCCUCCCCCUCCACCCCCUCCAUCUCCCUCCCCCCUCCUACCGGCCCCUCCGCUGGUGUCAACACCAACAGGCCGUUCAACCCCCCCACCGGGCCCGCCUUAUCCUCCCCGCAACCCCCUCGCGCGACGCUGGCUCAGAAUCUGAUGAGUACCUUGCCCCCUCUCCUUCCCCCGGGCAGUGGCGGGAAAUUAGACCUCUCAAUGGCAACAAUAGACGAGAAGGACCCCCACUACAGAAAAAUGAAAGAAGACGAGGAAAGGCUGAGGGAGGAGUUGAAGGUGCGACAAGAAAAAUUAAGGAAGAGCAUGAGGGUGUGGGACCGGAUGGAGAGGGAGAGUAAGGGGUGCGAGUUGAAGAGUGAGCUGAGUGAGAGGAGUUUGAGGGGGCUGAGUGGGGAGGGGCAGGGAGGUGCUUUUUAG